CCGGACCGCGCGCGCACACACGCACGUACACUUCACGCACGCGCAGGCCGCACCGGCCCCGGCCGAACCCAUGGCGUCCGAGCGGCUGCAGAGCCGGCCCGCCUGCCUGCUGGUGGCCAGCGGCGCCGCCGAGGUCCUUCCUGCACUGCUUCACGUUGGCUGGCGCCGCCUUCAACCUGCAGGUGGCCACCCCUGGGGUGAGUCCAGCCAGACGCACGGACGGGCUCCUACCUUUUUGGGGGGGAGGACCAUAGACUUCGUGGACGUUAACGACAGCAACGCCCGCUGGGUGCAGGAUUUCCGCCUCAAGGCCUACGCGAGUCCCGCCAAGCUGGAGUCCAUUGAUGGUGCCCGGUACCACGCCCUCCUGAUUCCCAGCUGUCCCGGGGCCCUGGCCGACCUGGCCAGCAGCGGGUCCCUGGCCCGCAUCCUCCAGCACUUCCGCUCAGAGAGCAAGCCCAUCUGCGCUGUUGGUCACGGCGUCGCCGCCCUCUGCUGCGCCACCAAUGAGGACCGGUCGUGGGUGUUCCAGGGCUACAGCGUCACGGGGCCCUCUGUGUACGAGCUCGUCAGGGCGCCUGGCUUUGCCCGCCUGCCCCUCAUCGUGGAGGACUUCGUGAAGGACGCGGGCGCCAGCUUCAGUGCCAGCGAGCCUGACGCUGUGCACGUGGUGCUGGACCGCCACCUCGUCACGGGCCAGAACGCCAGCUCCACCGUCCCAGCUGUGCAGAAUCUCCUCUUCCUGUGCGGCAGCCGGAAGUGACAUGGCUUCCCGCGGAGCCAGCCAGCCUGCCAGUGGACGCUGCCACCUCAGGCCUCCGGGGACCCUGCCUCCGCCACCGCCCCUGAGAGCGACUUUCCCGGCCCCUGCCCGACCCUGUGGGAUUGUUGGGGGCCUCCGGGACUGAGCCCUGAGGGGCGUUUUCUUUGGAGCAGAGGGAGAGCUGAGGGCCGAUAGGUGGUCUCUGAGAAUUCCAAGGGAGCGUAAUGCGCAGAGCGGGUCUGAGUCAGCCGUGGGGUCCUGGUGUGGGGUCUCGGCGCCCCCUGGUCUUCCUGGGCGCCGGGUCUCUCGCCCUUGCCUGUCCCCGUCCGCCCAGGCUGAGCCUCGCCAGGGCACCGGGAUCCCAUCUUGUGUGGUGACGGUGCCUAGGCUGCUGCCUCCACCGCUGUGGGUGUUGGGGGGCUGUGCUAGCUCCCGGCCCCCAGAACGCCCCCGGACCGGCGGGUGCUGAAGGAGCCGCCCUAAUUGUAAUCCUUGCCUGGUGUGUGGUUUCGGAUUGUGAUGGCGGCACUGCGCCAGGCCAGGGUGGACCUAGGGGCAGGUGUCACCACGCUCCUGAGGGAAAUGUGCGUCUUCAGAGCGGUACUGCUGGCCCACGGCGCUGCUGCCGGGCGGCCUCCAGGCUUGCAGCUGCACCUCUGCUUGUGAGUAGAAGUGACAGCGGCACAGGCCCUACCGGGCGGGAGGCUGUGCGUGUGGCCGACCUGGGUCUGGGGCGGCGGUCGGUCCGCACCAUCCAGGACCCCGCAGGCCUUUGCUGGGGAGGCCCCUUCCCGGUGCGUCCGGAUCACCCUGUGGUCUCCUCGGGGUGCCUGGCCCAGGCUGCGGCCCACGGUGGGACCUCCAGGAGCCGCCCGGGCCUUCUUGUGGGUCCCACCUUCCGCCGGCCCCUCCCCGUCUGGGCCCAGCUCUGCACCCAGCCCCUUGGAACAAAGGAGGAGCAAGGAAGCAAGGCAUCCCUGGGUCUCAGGCCGCUCCUUCCAGUGCCGCAGAUCACUCUGAGAUGCUCGCACGCCCCCUCCGCUUCGGGUGUUUGCUGGGAGCACUGGACCAGGAGCUCCUGACACCGCUGUGGCCCUGCUCUGUGCCCACUGCGGGCUGGCCACCCGCACCCAGGGGCCUUGGUCCUACUCUGCCUGCACGGAUCACCGCAGGUUUCUCAAAGAUCACGCCUCGUGGGUAUCAUCUGUACCAUCUACAGAGAGCUAGUGAUGGUUUUGCUUCUGAGUGUCAGAUCAAGGUGCCGGCGGGCCCUGCCGAGCGCCCCACACAGCCGCUUCCCGGGCAGCCGCUGUGGCUCGGCCCUGGCUUUGCCAGGUCAGGGUGUGGGGCUGGGGGUGCCUCCAGGCUUCGAGAAAUGCGGGCCCCCCCGGAAGGGGCAGGGUGUGGGUGUGGGCGGCCUGCUGCUCUGGGAUGCCCCCACAUGCCUAGGGCUUUAAAACAGACCCUGACGUCCGCCUGCGGGAAAUGACCUACGGGAACAACGCGUAAGCGUCUGUAGCAGCAUUAGUCACAGUAACAAACGUAAAACAAAUUGUAGUUUCCACGACCCGUGUGGUUUUUUUUAAGUUUAUUUUGAGAGUGAGUGCGAAUGGGGAAGGUGCAGAGAAAGAGGGAGACAGACUCUAAGCAGGUUCCAUGCCAUCAGCACAGCGCCUGGCACGGGGCUUGAACCCAUGGACUGUGGGUGGGAGGCUGGGUCGAAGGAACAGGAAACCUUUCGGGGUGGGGGCGGCGUUUCGGAGCUCCGUGGUCUGCAGGGUCUAAGUACUAAUGUCACCAGCCCGUACAUGUGGGUGAGUGGGUGGGCUCAAUGCGUGUUGAUCGUACCCGGUCACACAGACCCGAGGCCCGGGGUCGGGAUCGGGGGCAGAUUCCAAGUCCUAGGGUGCAGCCUGUUGACCAGCUUGGAGAGGAAGGCCUGGCCCCAGCCUGCCUGUCAGCCGAGGCCUCGAUGAGCCUCAGGUACAAAGCCGCCAGUCAGACACCCAGCAGCCCCCCCCUGCUGUGACCUGCCUGCUCCCUGCACACCCUAAGGUGGUUCUCAGCAGAGGCUGGGCCAGCUGGGGCCAGGCUCGUGUACCUGAGGUGAUGCAGCCCACCGUGGGCCCUGUGCCCAGAAGCCCACCCUUGGCAAGGUGGCCAUUCUGGAACCAACACCACGCCCUGAUGCUCUGGCCCCAGCAGAAAGUUGGGGGGGGGCCUGGGCAUCUCUAGAAAGCUGUGGGGAACAGCUUUGUGCACUUGGUGGGCGCUCCCAGGGAGAAGGGGGCACUGGCCUCCCUGCUGGCCCUUAGUGGGACCCAGGGCUGUGUCUCAGGUCUGUCCCUGACCCCCGUCUUCACCUGCACAGACCCAGAAUUGUCAGCUGGAACCCUCCCUACCUGGAGGGCAGAUGGGUAGCCUGUGACCCUAACGUGACCUCUUCUGGGCAGCCUCGCCCAGCCUCCUGUGCCUCUUCUGGUGGGACAGAGGGGCUACCCCGGGGGCCCCCGUCACUGCCCCCAACAAGCCCUUCCCGGUGUAGUAGGUGGUGCGCCAGUAGACGUGUCCAUUCGAAGCCACGCCACGCUGGACACUCGGGGCUCGGAGGUAACAGCCGGCACAUACCCAACCGUCCCCCUGGGCGGCACCCACAUGGGAACCAAAGCAGCAGGGAUGCCCCUGGGUGCUCCCGCCCCCUGGCUCCAGCCGCACUCGGCACAGGCUCCAGGCCCAGGGGAGGGCCUGUAACUGCAUCACCCCGGCUGGACUCCGGUUGUAGCCAAAGGCGGGGGCCGCGGUGCUGGGAGGAGGGCUGCGGCGAGUCGGGAACGGAGCACAAGAAAAGUGAUCGCUUUAAUGAGUUAGGCAAAAUUUGACACAGAAUCUAGGAUCCAUCCGGGCUCCAACCGGUAAAAAAUGCACAAUUCAAUUCAUUCAUCGCCAGGCCUAUCACUCGCCCCCUCAGGUGGUGCAGAUCCGCGCUCCGGCCUCCGGCACCUCCGGCCUCGGGCACUACUCAGGGCUACUUUCCGUUCUCUGCGCCGAACAUGCGUUCCUAGGGAGGGAGAGGGAAAAGCGUGACAGGUGCCAGGAAAGGCCUUGGGGACCGGAAGGAAGCGGCCCCUCUGCCGGGGCCGCCAGAGGAGCCGACACCCCCGAGUCCCCAGGGGAGGCCCCGGCCCUGCCCGGCUCGAGCCCGGGGGCGCUCACCAUCAGCACCCGCUCCAGCUUCACGGCGUCGGCGGCAAACUUGCGGAUGCCGUCCGAGAGCUUCUCCACGGCCAUCUGGUCUUCGUUGUGCAGCCAGCGGAAGGCCUUCUCAUCCAGGUGCACCUUCUCCAGGUCGCUCGCCUGGGCUGGGAGCACGGGCAUCACCCAGGGCCUUCUGCGCCCCCCCCCCGUGCCCCCCUCAGGCCCCAGGCCCUUGGGCUCCAGACACAGGCGGGACGCGGUCCGCGCCCCCGGGCUGCACCCGCCCCGCGGUGACCAGGGUGAGGCGGCCUUACCCGCCUUGGCCGACAGCAUGGGUGCCAGCUUGCUGUUGUCCUUGAGCAGCUCCCCCAGCAGCUUGGGCGAGAUGGUGAGGAAGUCACAGCCCGCCAGCGCCUUGAUCUCGCCGGUGUUGCGGAAGGAGGCGCCCAUGACGAUGGU